CGCCCAUCGUCGUGGAUAAUCUUGAUACUAAUACUUCAUAACUGCAUCUUCACGAACUUGUUGUAAGCUCUUUUCAAAGUAUAUUAAAAACCAAAAAAAGAUGUCGAGAACUUCUACGUUUUCUCAAAAAGGAAAUAAGCACUUUCGUGCUUCGAAACAGGACGAGCACGAUGAGGACAUUGAGGCUCUCCUACAGCAAGCCUCAGCUGGCAACACCGUGGAGCAGAAACAAAGCUGUCUUGCUGUUAUGUUGUUGACUCCAUCUCUCUAUCGACCAUAAGUCAAUCCUGAGACCACCUCCUCUCUUCAUCCAUUCAAUCAUGAGAUCAUGAUGUCAGGUCUUCUUCUUUCCAUCGAGUUUGCUAGGGAUCAACAUUUUUGUUUUUCUUCCUUUCUAGUUGCUAGGGUUUAUGACAUCACUUUUUGGUUAGGAAUCACUCUUCUUUUCUAGUAAGAGUUCGCCAUGAUGUCAGGAGGUCGAUCAGUCUUCAUUUCUAGUAAGAGUUCUUCAUGAUCAUGUCAGAAGGUCCUACUUCUAAUAUCAGGCGUGGCGCACUUGUCCUUGGCGUUGCAGGUGCUUUGGUGGGAGUCAUCGUUUUCAUCGUGUUGAUCUCCUUGUGGGCAACUGGCGUCUUCACUCGAACCACAACACCAGAGAACCAAACGCCGCCAGUGAAGGUAACUACAUAUAAGCAACUACUAGUACAUGUUUUUACAACAUAGUUACAAUCUGCAUGAUGUACUAGACAUAUUACAAUCUACAUUCAACAAUAGAGGAGUUUACAUUAUAAAGGCAACUACAUACUUCAUCUAAAAAUAGAGGAGUUUAUAACCUAGUUUCUGGAAAUAGAAUGCUCCAUCAAGCCUGUAUCUUCUAGGCGCUUUUCUCACGCUUACCAGCCAUUUUGAGUCGUUUUCGGCCAUGUGGUUCAUAUCCGAAGUACCACAACCACUUGCUUUAGAUAUAUCAUUUCUGCGUCUAUAAGAACUUUACUCACGACACUUACUGUUACUCCUAAAUGAUCUAAAUCUCGUUCUGAAUGAAAGUACAAGUCGUGCUACCACUUCUUCAUCAGGUGCCAGAGAAUGAAACCCCUACGGGAGAGGCGGAACCUGUGUGGUGGAAAAGUGCGGCUUUUUUGGAACAACAGGAAAAUCUUUGGAAGACCCAAAAGGGUAAUCUGCUGUAUGACGGUAAGGAAAACGACAAGAUUGCACACAGCACCACAGAAGAUGAUUUGCGUUUGGCAAGAGAGUUGGACCGUCAAUGGCGUCAGGAAGACGAAGAGACUGGUCUGCUAAAAGACCCAGAAGAGUGGUACUGGGGGACUUGGACUCUCGGUGGAAAUGCCAAUCAU